AUGACGAUCACAGAAUCCAGUUCAGUGCCCAAGAGCUACCAGCACAUCCUGGCCUUGGCAUUUGCUGUGAAAGAGAUAAAUGAGAAUCCCAACAUCUUGCCAAAUGUCUCUCUAGGUAUCCACAUCCUCAAUAGCUACUUGACUGCAAGAAUGACUUAUAAGGCCACACUGAGCCUGCUUUCCACACAAAAGAAGUUUGUUCCCAACUUCAGUUGUGACAAGCAGAACCAAUUGAUAGCUAUCAUUGGAGGAUGUUUCUCUGAGAUCUCUGUCAAUAUAGCUUUCAUUUCAGCAACCCACAAAACUCCACAGCUCCCUUAUGGAUCAUUCUUGCCAUUAAAAAGUUCCAAAAUGCUAUUCCCUUUUCUGUACCAAAUGGUCCCAACUGAAUCCUACCAGCAAAUGGGAGUUGUGAGAUUACUUCAGCAUUUUGGGUGGAAAUGGGUUGGAGUUGGUGCUGUGGAUGAUGACAAAGGGGACAGGUUUUUACAAACAAUGAUGCCAAUGCUUGCUCAAAAUGGAAUCUGUUAUGCCUUCAUAGUAAGAAUGCCAAAAUGGGAUUAUGUGGAUGAGAUGAUUGACUUGAUUUUAAAGCAGUUUAAAAAUUAUGAAGUUUUCUUUGAGGAAAAAGUCAAUAUAUUUUUUGUAUAUGGAGAAACUCCAUCCUUUCAGAUUGUGAGAAUAUUUCUUUUUAUAGCAACCUAUAUGGAAUGGCCUCCUCUUGGUAAAGUGUGGAUUGUUACAUCACACUGGGAUUUCACAUCAGUGUCCAUUCAGAAGAAUUGGGAUAUGCAAACCUUCCAUGGUUCCAUAUCCUUCACUGCUCACUCAAAUCCACCACCAGGUUUCCAAAAGUUUAUUGAGGAGAUAACGCCUUUUGGGGUGAAAGGAGAUGGAUUUAUCCAGGACUUCUGGGAACAGGCAUUCAGCUGUUCAUUAAAUAACCAGGAGGAAACCUAUAAGGAAACAUGUACUGGGGAGGAGAAGCUGGAGAACAUUCCUGGUAUUUUGUUUGAAAUGAAGAUGACUGGCCAUAGUUACAGUGUCUACAAUGCUGUCUAUGCUGUGGCACAUGCUUUGCAUGACCUAUACAGAUUGAGAUUGAAGCAUAGAAGUUUGUUAGAAGAUUGGAGAUUGGUGUUUCAGAAGAUCCAUCACUUUCUAAAGCUCACCAUGUUCAAUAACAGUGUUGGAGAAACAAUACAUUUUGAUAGCAAUGGAGAAUUAGUAACCGGGUUUGACGUUACAAAUUGGAUGAUGUUUCCUAAUGCGUCAGUAGUUAGAGUAAAAGUUGGAACACUAGACCCUCAGGCUCCUCAAGGCAAAGAGUUAACCAUUCAUGAUGACCAAAUUGUAUGGCACCAAAGCUUUAAUCAGGUACUACCAGUUUCUGUGUGUAAUGACAACUGCUAUCCUGGCAACAACAGGAAAAAGAAGGAGGGAGCGAAAUUUUGCUGCUAUGAUUGUGUGCCAUGUCCAGAAGGGAUGAUCUCUAAUAAGAAAGACAUGGAUUCCUGCAUCAAUUGUCCAGAAGACCAGUAUGCCAAUGAAAACCAAACUCAGUGCAUUCCAAGGAUUAUAAGCUACCUUACUUACAACGAAAAUUUGGGGAUCAUCUUAUUUAUUAUGGCUAUUUCUCUCUCUUUUGUCGCAGCUUUAGUUCUUGCACUUUUUAUAAAGCACAAGGAGAGUCCAAUAGUAAAAGCUAACAACCGGAACCUCACCUACAUCCUUCUUGUUUCCCUCCUCCUUUGUUUUCUCUGUUCCCUGCUCUUCAUCGGACAGCCUGGAAAGGCAACCUGCCCUCUCCGACAAACGGCUUUUGGUAUCAUCUUCUCUUUGGCCCUCUCUUCUGUAUUGGCAAAGACCAUCACUGUGGUUUUAGCAUUUAUGGCAACCAAACCAGGUGCCAAAAUGAGAAAAUGGGUUGGCAAAAGAACAGCAAAUUCUAUUAUCCUUCUCUCCACUUUCAUUCAAGCUGGUGUUUGUACUCUUUGGUUAAGUACCGCUCCUCCAUUCCCAGAUACAGACCCACACUCAUUCUAUGGGGAAAUCAUAUUAGUUUGUAAUGAGAAUUCAGCUACCAUGUUUUACUGUGUUUUGGGCUAUAUGGGCUCUCUAGCCAUUAUCAGUUUCAUUGUGGCUUUUCUAGCCAGGAAGUUACCUGACAGUUUCAAUGAAGCCAAGUUCAUCACUUUCAGCAUGUUGCUGUUUUGUAGUGUGUGGUUAUCCUUUGUUCCUACCUAUCUGAGCACCAAAGGAAAAUACAUGGUGGCUGUGGAGAUCUUCUCCAUCUUAUGCUCCAGUGCUGGGUUACUGGGUUGCAUCUUUUUCCCUAAAUGCUACAUCAUUGUGCUGAGGCCUGACCUAAAUAGUAGAGAACAUAUAAGGAACAGCAAUUCGGAAUUUAAAAUCAAACAACGCUUGCAUUCGUCAGAUUUACUGGUCCUGAGAGACCAGUGUAUUUUACUUAAUUCUGACCCUUUUUCAACUUUCCAGCGGGUCUCAGAGUCACUCUUCCCGCUACUCACAAACCUCAAUCCUCCCAAACAACAUAACAAAUCAAGGGCCUGGUUUGACAAAGAUUGCAGGAACCUAAGAUCCCUGCUUAGGAAACUACAAAAUAAGCCAGGUGACUUCAUUAUUGGAGAGAUUGUUUCCCAGGUCUUCUUCAACUAUGAUAACCUUGAUUUCACAGAGCAGCCUACACAGAUGUUAAUUAAUGAACCCACUUCAGUGCCUAAGAACUACCAGCACAUCCUGGCCUUAACAUUUGCUGUCACAGAGAUCAAUGAGAAUCCCAACAUCUUGCCAAAUAUCUCUUUGGGUUUCCACAUCCUCAAUAGCUACUUGACUGCAAGAAUGACUUACAAGGCCACUCUGAGCCUGCUUUCCACACAACAGAAGUUUGCCCCCAACUUCAGGUGUCACGACCAGAACAAUCUGAUAGCCAUCAUUGGAGGAUGUUUCUCUGAGAUCUCUGCCAAUAUGGCUGCCAUUUCAGAAAUUCACAAGACACCACAAGUAAGCUGUGUGCAUGAAAGUAUGGAGGUUUCACCAUUGUGA